AUGCCGCUCCCGUGGCUGCUAUGCCUCGCCGGGUGCGCCUUGCUCCUGACGCCGGGUUGCGGGGGCUGCGGGCCGGGUCGCGGCUACGGCAAGAGGCGCUCGCCGCGGAAGCUGGCACCGCUCGCUUACAAGCAGUUCAGCCCCAACGUGGCCGAGAAGACUUUAGGGGCCAGCGGGAGGUACGAAGGGAAAAUAACCCGGAGUUCCGAACGCUUCAAGGAGCUCACCCCCAAUUACAACCCCGAUAUCGUCUUCAAGGAUGAGGAGAACACAGGUGCAGACCGCAUGAUGACUCAGCGCUGCAAAGACAAGCUGAACUCUCUGGCCAUCUCCGUGAUGAACCUCUGGCCCGGAGUCCGGCUGCGGGUCACCGAAGGCUGGGACGAGGAUGGUCACCACUCGGAGGAUUCGCUCCACUACGAGGGGCGGGCGGUAGACAUCACCACCUCGGACCGGGACCGAAACAAGUAUGCCAUGCUGGCUCGACUGGCAGUGGAGGCGGGCUUCGACUGGGUCUACUACGAGUCCAAGGCCCACAUCCACUGCAGUGUCAAGUCAGACCACUCAGUGGCAGCCAAGUCUGGAGGUUGUUUCCCGGGCGACGCCUUGGUCACAAUGGAAAACGGCCUCCAGAAGCUCAUCCGCGACCUUCGCCCCGGCGAGCGAGUCCUGACCCUGUCCGGCAGCGACGACGGCUUCAAGUUGGCAUACAGCCGAGUUCUGACUUUUCUGGAUCGCGAACUAGGCACACGCAAGCUCUUCUACACGCUAGAGACAGAAGGCGGCGCACGUCUGUCCCUCACCGCCGCACACUUGCUGUUUUUGUCUCAGGGUAACUGUUCCGAGGGGGCGCCACCCAGCCCCGGCUCCCUCAGGACUGCGUACGCUUGCGACGCUCGCCCGGGCCAGUGCGCAUUGGUGGCCGGCACUGAUGGACGGGGAACUCUUUCCCGGAUCGUUAGGGUCACUGUGAUGGAGGGGAGGGGGGCUUUUGCUCCCCUGACGGCACAAGGGACCCUUGUGGUGGACGGGAUGGUGGCAUCCUGCUAUGCGGUUGUGGAACAGCAUUCCUUGGCUCACUGGGCCUUCUCGCCACUCAGGCUGAUGCACAGCUGGACUGGCAGCAGUGGUUACCGUGGCGAUGGGGUCCACUGGUAUGCUGAGCUUUUACACUGGCUGGGGGGGAUGUUGCUAGACUCCGGACGCCUCCACCCAAUGGGCAUCACCCCCAGGUGA